AUGGAUGAUGUGAAGCUUUGUAGCCGACGCAAUGAUGAGCUAAAAACGUAUAUUAGUAACUUUGCCAAUUCCAUUAUUGAAAAUCGUGCUAUACGAUCUCCACAUAGUCAACAAGAAUCACAAAAUGUGGAAAACAAUACUGAUUAA